AUGAAAUUAUACCAAGUGGAAGAAGAAAAAUUUAAAGAAAGAUGCAAAAGAAUUGAAAGAAGUAAAAACAGAAAAAGUGUUAAGUUAUAUUGGUGUCAACAGAUGGAAGCAAAUAGGAAUUAAAAAUAUUACAGAAAACAAAAAAGAUACUGUCCAGAAACUUUUUGGAGAAAUUUCGACAUGUUACAGUUAAGAUUCGUGUGAAUUAAAGUCAUUUGAGUCUGAGGAUCACCACACAUGAAUUUUGAAAGCACAAAAAGUUGCGGACCAAUAU